UGUGCUGGUCUCUUCCUUGUAAAAAUUCUGUACUUGUCCUUGACAAGGCCCUAGCCCCCACUAGACCCGCAGAUAACUCUUAAUUUCCCUAGGCUGUUUGUGAUCGCAGCCUGCAGCCCUGGGCGGGAAGACACCUCGUCCACCCCCAUCCCCACACCGUCCCUCCACCCCCGCCAGCUCUUGUUCCUUGGAUCCCUCUCAGUUUUCAUCCAUCUUUCUCCAGAGCUGGGCCCGGGCGGUAACUGGAUGCUUGGGGACUAGGCGGAGGAGUCCCUGGGAUUUUUCACGUCUCGGUGACCCCACCCCGUUCACAGGGGUCCAAUUGGGACUGAUCCAACCUCCGCAUCACUAUCUCUUCUCAGGCGAUCUGAGUGUGACCACAUCUGCGGGAGACUUGACCAUCCGUCCUCCAGGACUUGGGGAGAGAGAAGCGGUAGCUCCCCAACCCCUCCCGCUCCUCCACCUCUUCGGACACCCCGCAGGCUCUCUCUUUGGGGCUCCAUCUGACUUCCAGGAGGGAAGAGUUCCUCUGACUCCAGCUCGGGCGGCCACCUGUCCUUGCCGCGGUGACCCUUUUUCCCAUGACCCUGCGGUGCCUUGAGCCCUCCGGGAAUGGUGCGGAAGGGACGCACAGCCAGUGGGGGACCGCGGGGUCGGCCGAGGAGCCGUCCCCAGAGGCCGCGCGUCUGGCGAAGGCCCUGCGCGAGCUGGGCUACACAGGAUGGUACUGGGGAAAUAUGACUGUUAAUGAAGCCAAAGAGAAAUUAAAGGAAGCACCAGAAGGAACUUUCUUGAUUAGAGAUAGUUCGCAUUCAGACUACCUACUAACAAUAUCUGUUAAAACAUCAGCUGGGCCAACGAAUCUGCGAAUCGAAUACCAAGAUGGGAAGUUCAGACUGGAUUCUAUCAUAUGUGUCAAGUCCAAGCUGAAGCAGUUCGACAGCGUGGUUCACCUGAUUGACUACUAUGUGCAGAUGUGUAAGGAUAAGCGGACAGGCCCGGAAGCCCCCCGAAACGGGACUGUUCACCUCUACCUGACCAAACCGCUCUACACAUCCGCACCCUCCCUGCAGCACCUCUGCCGACUCACCAUUAACAGAUGCACGGGUACCGUCUGGGGACUGCCUUUACCAACAAGACUCAAAGGUUACUUGGAAGAGUAUAAGUUCCAGGGAGAAAUGGAGGCCAGAGACAAACAAGUGCUCCGUUCCCUUCGCCUGGAGCUAGGUGCAGAAGUGCUGGUGGAGGGAUUGGUUCUUCAGUACCUUUACCAGGAAGGAAUCUUAACAGAAAACCAUGUUCAAGAAAUCAAAGCUCAAACCACCGGCCUCCGGAAAACAAUGUUGCUGCUGGAUAUCCUGCCUUCCAGGGGUCCUAAAGCAUUCGAUGCUUUUCUAGAUUCUCUACAAGAAUUUCCCUGGGUGAGGGAGAAGCUGGAGAAGGCAAGGGAAGAAGCCAUCACUGAGCUGCCUAAAGGUACCGGCACGAGAUCAGGGGCAGGGGCAGAGACCACAGAAAACAUCAAGUCUCCUAAUAGGACGGCCUUGGCCUUCUUCUUGAACCCUAAAUUGAAAUGGCCGGUGACCAGGUGCCUGGGAUCCCCUCGCACAUCCUCAGCAGCUCCCCGUCAGACCAGCAGAUCAACCAGCUGGCGCAGAGGCUGGGCGCCGAGUGGGAGCACUUGGUGCUGUCGCUGGGGCUGUCGCAGGCAGACGUCUACCGCUGCAAGGCCAACCACCCCCACAACGUGCAGUCGCAGGUGGUGGAGGCCUUCGUGCGCUGGCGGCAGCGCUAUGGGAAGCAGGCCACUUUCCUGAGCCUGCACAGGGGCCUGCAGGCGGUGGAGGCAGACCCCGGGGUGCUGCAGCACAUGCUGGAGUGACCAGCCGUCCCUGGGUGGAUCCCUCACACCUCCGACUGGCCCCGGUGUGGGGAGGAGUGUGUGGAGGGGUCUUUUCUUUUCAGUGACCCCUAGACGGCAAGAGAAAUCAGGGCUUCUACGUGACAUUACACAGUUAAAGACUGGGUUAGCCAGGCGUGGUGGCGCACACCUGUAAUCCCAGCACUCUGGGAGGCUGACGCAGGAGGAUCCAAAGUUUCUGCCAGCUUGCACAUUUUAAUGACUUAACAAGACCCCUGUCUCAAAAUUUAAAAAAAUUUUUAAAGGACCAGGGAUGUAACUCAGUUCAGGGGCCUCCAAUUCACUACCCGGUCCUAAAAAGAAAAAGAAAUGCCAUAUUACUCAGCAGAUCUGCAUUGUUUCAACAGCCUGUGAUUUUUAAUUGCUUGACGAUUGCAUUGUUGUAAUUGUGCAGAUUUAACUGUGUGGUUGCCUUUUAAUAGACUAGGAAGUCAUAGUCGUUCAAAAACAAGUAUCAUGUCAUCGCAUUGCAUGCAGGUGUCCUGCACCUAAUGUCCUGUACAUUUUUAUGUUACCUGGAAAAUGAGCUGUGGACUUUGCGAUUCAUAAUGAUGAUGAUAAUAAAAGAACUACUAUAUAUAAUG